AUGACGGAGUACUUUCUGGGUGUAGACGUUGGGACAGCGAGCGUGAGAGCUGCUCUGGUUAGCUCUAGUGGAGAGUGCGUCCAUCUUCCAGACGUCAGUGUGCAGCCUGUGACGAUAUGGAACGAAGAGCAGAAUCACUACGAGCAGUCUUCUCGAGAUAUUUGGCAAGCAUGUUGCUCUGCUGUGAAGGGAACUUUAUCUAGCAGUGGCAUAUCAUCAUUCCAAAUAAAGGGCAUCGGGUUCACCGGCACAUGCUCUCUUGUUGCAGUCGAUGGCAGUGGGGAACCUAUCACUGUAAGCCCAUCAAAUGAUGACAACCGAAACAUCAUCAUGUGGAUGGACCACAGAGCAAUGAAAGAAGCAGAAACAAUCAACAGCUCAAAACACGAUGUUUUAAAAUACGUAGGAGGAGUCAUCUCGCCUGAAAUGCAAGCCCCCAAGCUGCUCUGGCUAAAAAUGAAUCUCAGACAAUGUUGGGAUCGAGCCGUACACUUUUUUGAUCUUCCGGAUUUCAUGACUUUUAAGGCAACUGGAAAAACCACACGGUCUCUUUGCUCUGUCAUCUGUAAGUGGAACUAUGUGUGUGAUGGCAGCAAACGACAUGCAACCACAGCAGGCUGGGAUUCUAGCUACUGGUCUCAGAUUGGCCUCGAAGAGUUUCUAUCCGAAAAUUUUCAAAAAAUUGGGACGAGUUUCUCACAACCUGGUGACUUGAUUGGGGGACUAACCGAACAGGCUGCAAGUGAUCUGGGACUGAUGGUAGGAACCCCAGUUGGCGCAUCGAUAAUCGACGCUCACGCUGGAGGUGUAGGAAUGCUCGGAGCUAACGUCGAUGGAACGGAGCUUCCGUGCGAAGGCAAAGCAAUAACUACACGAUUGGCACUAAUAUGUGGAACGUCAUCAUGCCACAUGGCAUUGAGUUCACAACCGUGUUUUGUUCCCGGCGUGUGGGGUCCCUACUUCUCAGCUAUGGUGCCAGGUUUAUGGCUCAAUGAAGGCGGACAAAGCGCCACAGGAAGAUUACUCAGGCACAUCAUCAAUUGUCACCCAGCAUCAUCGUUAGUCAAAGAACGGGCACGUAUCAGGGGUGUGUCUGUUUUCGACGAGUUGAAUACAAUCAUCAAGAACUUGGCAGCUCAUCGUCAAUUAGACUCAUAUGCUCUACUGACCAGAGACCUUCAUGUAUUGCCUGACUAUCAUGGCAACAGAUCACCACUGGCAGACCCAAACAUGAAGGGCAUGAUACUUGGGCUGACACUUGCAUCUGACGUUGAUGAUCUCGCAUGUUUGUAUCUUGCCACCAUACAAGGAAUAGCGCAUGGUACACGGCAUGUGUUGGAUUCGAUGGUCGCUCAAGGACACGACGUGAACACCAUCUUUGCUUGUGGUGGUGGAAGUCGGAACGACAUGUUUGUUCAAAUACAUGCAGACAUCACAGGUCUACCAAUUGUUGUCUGUAAAGAACAAGAGUCUGUACUGGUUGGGGCAGCCAUGUUAGGCGCAUGUUCUUCAUCCCAUUUUCCAUCUUUCCAGACGGCCAUGAGCAGAAUGUCAAGUGUGGGAAAAGUCACAAACCCGGACACUAACCUGACAAAGUACUACACGAAACGACAUGAAGUAUUUCUCAAGAUGAUUUCAGAUCAGCUGCACUACAGACAGACUAUGAAAUCAACAUGAAACACAUAUAUUCGAAGAGUCAUGCCUACAUUUAAUUUUUUGUUCACUCUGAAUUUACACAAGAGUGUACA